AUGAUGAAUGCGCCAGCAGGACCUGAUCAGGCUGAGCAUCCCAUGAGCUCUUUCUUAAUGGCUGUCUCUAUGAUUGGUGUAUCCGAGAUUGGUGACAAAACCUUCCUUAUAGCUGCAUUGAUGGCAAUGCGCCAUCCUCGUUUGCUAGUGUUUUCGUCUGCUGCUUCAUCGCUCACUAUAAUGACCGUCUUAUCCGGCUUGGUGGGUCACUCCUUUGUUACGCUUAUUUCUGAACGCUAUACUCAUUUCUUUGCCGGCAUACUUUUCCUGAUAUUUGGCUACAAGCUGACCAUCGAAGGUUUGGAGAUGAGGAAAGAUGCCGGUGUCGAAGAAGAACUCGCAGAGGUGGAAGAGGAAAUCGCCGUCACGGACCUGAAUGCAAACAUGCAAAGCGCCGAGACCGGAGGUGUCAGCGACAAUGGGUUUUACAAGAGCACCAAGGGAUUGAAAAGAAUUCUAAGCAAGGUCGGUGAUGCUGCUUCCUUAGUUCUAUCUCCUCUAUGGGUUCAAAUUUUCGCCAUGAUAUUCCUCGGUGAAUUUGGUGACAGAUCUCAGAUUAGCAUCGUUGCGAUGGCAUCCAGCAGGUACUACUGGUAUAUCAUCUGUGGUGCCGUGGUCGGGCACUUGGUGUGCACCGGAUUGGCGGUGCUCGGAGGUAAGUUGCUAGCAACGAAGAUCAGCAUGAGAACAGUCACUUUAGGCGGUGCCUUGUCGUUCUUCAUUUUUGCAAUUUUCUACAUUUACGAAGCAUUUACUGCGGAGGAUCUUGCCUAA